AAAUUCUUCACGGAGAGUGGUGAGGCGCUGGAACACCCGCCCUGAGAGGCUGUGGGUGCUCCAUCCCAUUGAGAUGUUCAAUAACCAGGUCGGAUGGAGCCCUAGGCAGCCUGGACGAGUGUCAGAUGUAGAGAUUGGUGGCCCUGACUGUGGCAGAGGGUUAGAACUUGAUGAUCCUUGGGGUCGCUUCCAACCCAAGGCACGGUUAGGUUGGAUCAGAGCAACGACCAACUCACACAGCCUCACUACCACGCACCCGCCCUCCGCCUGUGGCGCCUCCACCCCGCACGGGGCGGAGCGGAACGUACCAAAUGCCGCCCCCCCCCCUUCCACUUCUCCGUCCCCCCUCUCAUCGGGCGCUGUGGUUGCGGCGGGGCGGGCCGUGCCGGCGCUCAGGAUGGACGCAGUGCUUCUUGCCGUUGUGGCCGUGUUCCUCGCCGUCCUUCUUUUCUUCGCCACCCGUUUCAGCCGCUCGGCUCCGGCAGCUGAUGAGGAGCAGCAGCAGCAGCAAGAUGUGGCUGCAGCAGUCAGACCUCAGCCCUAUGUUGAAGAGCGGGGCGAUGGGAUGCCGAGGCGCCGGAGGAACCUGGGAAACAGGAUGAUGGCCCAGAGGAGAGCACAACAGGCAGAGGAAUGGGUGGAAGAGGAAGAUGAUGCUGAGGAGGUGCCAGAACCUCAGGUGACGGGGAAAAUUGGAGCAAAAAAGCAGAGGAAAUUAGAAGAGAAACAAGCCAGAAAAGCUCAGAGAGAGGCUGAGGAAGCAGAGCGAGAAGAACGGAGAAAACUUGAGUCAAAGAGAGAGGAGGAAAGGAGGAAAGAAGAGGAGAGAAUCCGCCUUGAGGAAGAACGAGAGGUGGGAUUGGUUGCAUUUACAGAUGGAAAUUUUGAACCAAGUUUAUCUUGGUGCUUUUCUGCAAGUUCUGUGAUAGCAAAACUCUUUGGUAUUCAAUGCUAUUACAUACAUCUUUUGUUUGUUUUGUUGCUCCAUUUUUAUAUGAAUUACAGUGAUACUUGGUGAUUUCAACUGCAGGGC